UGUUUCUCUGAAACGAAAAUAUUUAAAUUCGAUAACUAACAUUCUCUUGUCUAUUUUAUUAAUAUUUUUCUUAAAAUGUUGAACAAAAACGAAACACUAAACGUAUCCGCGUUUUUCUACCAUCGCAUAAGUGUAUAGAUUUAUUAUUAGUACCGUUUAAAAACGUAUAAAAAAUAAAAAGAUGGCAAAGAAGCGGGAAUGCAUAUCUAUCCACAUCGGACAAGCAGGAGUCCAAAUGGGUAAUGCGUGUUGGGAACUGUAUUGUUUAGAGCAUGGAAUCCAUCCUGACGGGCAAAUGCCCAGCGAUUCCACCGUAGGUUCCGGAGAGGAUUCUUUCAAUACAUUUUUUUCCGAAACAGACUCUGGGAAGCACGUUCCAAGAGCAGUUUUCGUUGAUCUUGAACCAACAGUAGUAGAUGAAGUUCGUACAGGUACGUACAGGCAGUUGUUUCAUCCAGAGCAAUUGAUUACUGGAAAAGAGGAUGCCGCAAAUAAUUAUGCUCGAGGACAUUAUACGAUAGGGAAAGAAAUCAUAGAUCUCACUUUGGAUCGAAUUCGAAGGCUCACCGAAAUGUGCAAAGGUUUGCAAGGUUUUUUAAUUUUCCAUUCAUUCGGUGGUGGUACAGGAUCAGGAUUUUCAAGCUUAUUGAUGGAACAAUUGUCCGCCGAUUAUCCUAAAAAAAGUAAACUGACCUUUAGUAUUUACCCGGCGCCUCAGGUAUCGACGGCGGUUGUAGAGCCAUAUAACGCAAUUCUUUAUACACAUCCAACAUUAGAACACUGCGAGGUGGCCUUCAUAGUUGACAAUCAAGCUAUUUAUGAGCUGUGUAGAAGGAAUUUGAACAUCGACAGACCUACAUAUACAAAUUUGAAUCGUUUAAUUGGACAAAUCGUUUCCUCGAUAACAGCCAGUUUACGAUUCGAUGGAGCUCUUAACGUUGAUAUUACCGAAUUUCAAACAAAUUUAGUUCCAUAUCCUCGUAUCCAUUUUCCUUUGGCAACAUACGCUCCCGUUUUAUCGGCUGCGAAUGCUGGUCAUGAAAGAAUUAGCGUAGCUGAUAUAACAAACUCUUGUUUUGAACCAAAUCAUCAAAUGGUAAAUUGCGAUCCUCGUAACGGUAAAUAUAUGGCUGUGUGUAUGCUUUACAGAGGAGAUGUAGUCCCAAAAGAUGUAAAUUCGGCGAUAGCAACACUCAAAAGGCAGAAACAUGUUCAAUUUGUUGAAUGGUGUCCGACCGGUUUUAAGGUGGGAAUUAAUUAUCAACCUCCUACUGUGGUACCAGGCGGUGAUCUUGCUAAAGUAGAAAGGGCUGUAUGUUGCCUCUGCAAUACUACUGCCAUAGUAGAAGCAUGGGCUAGAAUUGAUCACAAAUUUGAUCUCAUGUACGCCAAAAGAGCAUUCGUUCAUUGGUUCGUUGGUGAAGGUAUGGAAGAAGGUGAAUUCGCUGAAGCGAGAGAAGAUUUAGCGGCUUUAGAACUGGAUUAUCGAGAAGUACAGGAAGAUGCUGUUAAUACCGAAGAUGAAGAAGAAUACUAAUUUGAAAUGCGUUAAAACAUAUAUUAUUUACAUAAGCGUACUUAUUAAGAUGUAAUAAAUAAAUGGAAUUAAUUAUA